AUGUUGAAUAAAAAAAAAAUGAAGAAGAGACAAAGACCCAAAGAUUUUAAUUCUCUAGAUUGUAGUAAAAAAAUUGAAAACAUAAGUGAAGAAGAAAAAAAAUAUAUUUACCCAAGUAUUCCAAAUUCGCCUAUAAUUUUCCACAAUGAUAAUAUAAUAUAUGGAUUAGGAAAAAGUUUAAUUAUUUUUAACAUAAAAGAAAAUAAAUAUAUAAAAAAAAUUGAAGAACAUGAAAGUGUUAUAAGAUCUUUAGAUGUAAACGAAAAUAGUAAAUAUUUCUUAACAACAGGAGAUGAUAAAAUAAUCAUAAUUUAUGAUGAAAAUUGGAAUGUACGUUAUAAAAUUGUACACAAAAAGAAAAUUGUUAAGGCAUAUUUCUUGAAAUGUGGGGAUGAAAAAAUCGAAAAAAAUGAAAUAUUAUUUAUUGACAAAUAUGGAGAUGUAUAUUUGUGUAACACCCAAUUGUUAUUGAAAGAUGGUGGUCUUAAAGAUAAUAAUUUAAGUGAAAGCAAUACAAAUAACGAUCAAAAUUGUAAAAAGGAAAAUAAUGAUACAUCAUCAGAGGGAAGUAUAACGAUAAAAUUGAAUUACUUAAUUGAUUCUUUGAAUGAUAUUGAAAUAAAAGAUGAAGAUUUAUUUUUUAUGAAAGAUUUUGAACAUAUUUUGGAAAAUAAUUACGAUAAUUCAGAUGGAUCAUAUAAUAUUGAAAAUGAAAUUGAUAUGAAAGAGAAUAAAAAUAGUGAAGAAAAAUUAGACGAACAAAAUGAUAAUAAUAAAAUUAAUAUAUUCAAUGGUCAUGAAAAUAAAAUAAAUAAAAUAAAAGAAAAGUUAGAAAAACAUUAUGAAGAAUGUUUUAAUAAUCAUCAUUAUUUACACCCAAUCAUAACUUGCAGUUCUGGAGUUGUAUCUUUAUAUUAUGAUAAUAAUUUUUUAAUAAUAGGAGAUAGAGAUGAAAAAAUAAGAAUACUAAAAAAUAAAGAUUUGAAUAAAAUAUAUAAUUUUUAUUUAAAUCAUAAACUUUUUAUUACUUCUCUUGCAUUAAUAAAUGAAAAAAUAUUUUGUUCGUCAGGAGCAGAUUCAUAUCUAUAUUUAUGGAAUAUUAAAACAAAAGAAAUAAUAGACUCAUUAUAUAUUGAUUAUAACUUUUUAUCCAAAUAUAUCGAACUAAAAUUAUUUUUUAAUAACUCUAAUAAUAUAGAUAAAUAUAAUUUUAUAGUAGGUAUGUUGAUUUUUAAUAAAAAAACAUCAUCCAUAUAUAUGUCUAUAGAAAACAUUAAAGGAAUAUUAGUUAUACCAUUAAAUAUAAGCAGCACGGAUAAAGAACAUGUUAAAAUUAAUAAAGAUAAAAUUAAAUUUUACCUUUUAAAGGAUUACCCGUUAUCUUUUCUUUUUACAAAUAAUAAUGAUAAUAAUAAUAAUUCGUUAUUUUACGUUGGUCGAAGUAACGGAAAUUUAAAUCAAAUUAUCGUAAAUGAAGAAAAUGAAUUUAAUAGUGAUCCUACGGUCUUUCCUCAUUCUUUCUUUACCGAGGGAGAACAAAUUGACAUUGGACUAAUAAAUCACUGGAAGCACACCGUAGAAGAUAAUUUUUAA